CCCGCGGCUGCCGGGGCGGUGACGGACGCGGGCGGGUGCGGGUGGCAAGCAGGCCAUGCGGACGGCUGGCGACCCGGGACCCCACGGCCCUGCGCUCGUCCCUCGCGCCGCGGUAGCCCGGAGCCCGCGGCCCUAGCGGCGGCCUUUGUUCCCUACAUCGCCUUCUGCCGAGCUCCGGCCGGCGCGGAUGCAGCUGCUCCACCUGGGCUCGCGCUCGGGGCUGGAGGAGGAGCGGCGGCUCCGGGAGGCAUGCGAUGGGGAACUGCUGCUGGACGCAGUGCUUCGGGCUGCUCCGCCGGGAAGCGGGUCGGCUGCAGCGAGCGGGCGGAGGAUCAAAAUAUUUUAGAACAUGCCCAAGAGGAGAACACUUGACCAUAGAGUUUGAGAAUCUUGUGGAGAGUGAUGAGGGGGAGAGCCCAGGAAGCAGCCACAGGCCACUUACUGAGGAAGAAAUUGUUGACUUACAAGAGAGGCAUUAUGAUUCUAUUGCUGAAAAGCAGAAAGAUGUGGAUAGGAAAAUCCAGAGGGAGUUAGCCUUACAAGAGGAGAAGUUAAGACUAGAAGAAGAAGCUUUAUACGCUGCCCAGCGUGAAGCAGCCAGGGCAGCAAGGCAGCGAAAGCUCCUGGAGCAAGAAAAGCAGAGAGUUGCUCAGCGCUAUCAUCCUAGCAGUGGAGACUAUCAAAGUGCAGGACCAGAAGACGACUUUGAAUCUUCCUUAAGAAAUAUAAAGUCACAGUACGAAGUUUUUCGAAGUAGUAGACUCUCAUCUGAUGCCACAGUGCUGACACCAAAUACUGAAAGCAGCUGUGACCUAAUGACCAAAACCAAAUCAACAAGUGGGAAUGACGACAGCACCUCCUUAGACCUGGAAUGGGAAGACGAAGAAGGAAUGAAUAGGAUGCUGCCCAUGAGAGAGCGAUCCAAGACAGAGGAGGACAUCCUGCGGGCAGCGCUCAAGUCCAGCAGCAAGAAGGGCAGCAACCCCACGUCCGCCUCGGACGACUCCAACGGGCUGGAGUGGGAGAACGACUUUGUCAGUGCUGAGAUGGAUGACAACGGCAACUCUGAGUACGCCGGGUUUGUGAACCCUGUGUUAGACCUGUCGGAUUCUGCCAUCAAGCAGUCUGAAACAGACCAGCAGAUCCGAUAGGAAGAAACUGUGACCUUACUUACCAAAUGUUAAAAAUCAACUAGAAUGUACAGGUGGCAUGCCAAGGCUUUUUGUUAAGGCGUGGCAAACCACGUGGCAAAUGCUUGUUUUCCUAGAAGGAGCAAGAGUGGAGGGACAGCUGAGUGCUUCAGUCAGGUGUGACCUUAGCAUCUGCCUUCUGCAUCCCAGGACUGACUCAGUGAUUCUGACAUAUCAAACACUCAUGCCUUUCUGUUCACCUGGCCGAGUUCUGCAUCUUAAGUCUGUAUUAGUUUUACUCUGAUUGCUUUACUAAGCCUAUCCUAUUAUCAAACUCAAUCUGAAAGUACUUUGUGUUAAUCCUCAGCACACGCGCAGGCAGCAUGCAGAGGGACAGCGGCUUCCCGGGAGGCAGUCCCUCCCGCAGCGCCCCUGUGCGGCUUUACUUGCCAUGUCCAGGACGCAGCAGUAAUGGGAGAUCGAUGGAUCCAAGUCCUGCUCCACUUAUCUAAGUAAGAGAUGACAGGAUUAAAGAUGCUUCCAGAGGUUGGACGCUUUGAGUUGCUCAUAAUUAAAACUAAUACAUAAAAAUAUAUAUUUAAUUUUUUUACUUCCUCUUACAUACCAUUAUAUUGGCCUUGAAUUGUGAUUUUAAGUUUUCACUUUCAUUUUUUAAAAAUUCUCUGUUUCCAGUGAAUGAUCUUUGGAAGAUUUUUACACAGAACAUUUUCUGUGAAUGAUUUAAGAAAAUACUAAAAUACGGGUAUUUCAAAGUACAUAUAAUCCUUUCUGAUGUGAAAGGUCCCAUUGAUUAUACUGCCCUUUCCUUUGCCUUGUAGUACAAGGCACUUUGUGGAUGGAACUAACAGGCUGGCAUAUCGACGACCCGUGUCUGAAUCUUAGAGCAGGCCAGGGCUGGGCAAUGAGUCCUAGCUGUAUUCCUUGAUUUGGCUGAGGCCUGAGCAUCACUUUGGCAAGCACACUGUAUUCUGUCUCCCUUGCGGUGUUUCUCUUUAGAGCAGCGAUGGUGCAUGCUUUCAACGGUACAGGAAGAUCCGGGUAGAAAUAGUAAAGUUCUCGCUGUCCGUGAAAACCUAUGUGGCCCUUUCAAUAUUUGAACUGCUAUACGAUGACAUCUGUAAUUUUGUCAUUUUUAAAUCUCAUACAAAUAAAUAUACUUUGAUAUGUAAAUAUGCAUUAGGUCAUGCUAUUAUUUAUAUCUAUCUUAAAAUUUAAAUUGUAGGUGUGUCAUGGAAAUAAUUUAAAGGUAUCUAUAUUCACAUUGCCUGUGUUGAUGCUUUUUAAGGUUUAUAUUACAUCAGAUGUAUAUUUUUGGUUUGGCAUAAGCUACUGUUGUAAUUUUCUUGGCUUUUUGUUCAUAAAGAAUUUUCUGAAGGAAUGGUAACCUCUAAAAGAUUGUGAAUAAACAUUUUUACAUUUAA